AUGCUUCCGCCAGACUUUAAGCGGAGGAACCCGCUCAGGAGGAGAAAGAAGGUUGAGGAAUACAUCGCCCCUAAAGAAGAUGACGAACAGAAGCCUUCGAAGAGGAAGUGCAAGAACAAGAACAAGAAGAUGAAGGAGGCAAAGGACAAGAAGGAACUCCAGGUGUACUUAGAAAACCCUCCAAGUGUCAUUGUAUACCAUAGACACCAGUCGUGGUACCACUCCACUGCGCAUACUGCAGACGAGCUUGCCGCAGUUGAUGUAGUAAUAACAUCCUAUGAGACGCUACGGUCAGAUUACAAAGAUGCCACAGCUGCUGCAGCGUCGCACGAAGACUUCUUCAAGACACCGGUUCUCGCACGUUUCCCCACCAUGGUCAUAUACUGGACGGGCCAAAUCUUGGACGAGGCACAUAAGAUCGCAAACGACAAGACUGGUGUCAACAAGGCUGUAAAUCGCGUUCGAGCGUUGAUGCGUCUGCCACUUACGGGUACGCCAUUCCUCAACGAUUACACAGAUAUCCAGUCCCAGCUGUCGCUGAUCAAGCUCGCGCCCUGCGACGAUCCGAACUUUUUCGCUUCUCAUUUCCUGUUACAUUCUGCGGCCAACCCAUUCAUAUACCGCACGUUGUCGGGCGAACUCAACGGCGUGCUCUCUCUGGUACUUAAGUCAUGCUCUCUCCAGCUAGAUCGUGGAGACCAUUUUGAUGGCGAGACGGGUGCUUCCGAGAUCAAUGUGGAAUAA